UCUGCGAUACGUACAUCACACUCUUGCGAUGCACGCGAUGGCUUGGCACAAUGUUUGAGCCGUGGCCAACCCGGAUGUUGCGAUGAAUCAAGCGCACUUUGCGACCGCAUUUUCAUUUUCAGGCAAGCCCGGCGACAGCAAUGCCAGCUCAACGUCAAGCGCUGGACCUGGACUUGUAGGCCGAUCAGCACCCAUUCGCGUGGCUGCUUCCGUCAGUGGACGGCAGGCGACCCCGGCAAGCACCCCUGUUACAUCUGGGCGUGCUGGCUCCACAGGUCGUGUGGUUGCUAAAGCUGCACCAGUACCUCGGACUGUUGAUGCCAAAGCUUGGAGCCGCGGAGCCACGUUUCCCACGGGAACAGGCCGGCCAGUCAUUGCGUCAGCAGCACCCACGACGAGUGCGUCAGGGCCAAGCUUGCAGAUUCCCUCCGCGCAAUCAGCAGGCACAUCUUGCGCAAGCCGAGACGCGCGAGAUUCUCGAGACGCUCGCGAGGACUUGCAGCCAGUUCGUCGUGCAAGAUCUGCAGGGCGCACUGGUGCAGGCCCGGGGGAGAACAAGGCCGUCACUGCUGCAGGAGCUGAGUUUCGAAGGAGUUCUGAUCAGGUUUCUGCUCCCCGUCGCGACUCUCCGCUGCGCAAUUGUUCACCUCAAGGCGGAAAACUGCGUCGUGCUUCCCCUGUCCGGAAAGGAAGCCGCGAGCAGAGCCGCUCGCCGGAGCCACCGCGGGCGAGGCCUGCUGCAGCUCAUGCGCAGGUUACUGAACCAGACGCAGGUUCAUCUGCUCGAAGCACACAGCCCGACCGAAGUACACAGCCAGAGCAGGCGCUUUCACCAGAACCGUCUUUUGUGCAGUCCCUGGCGCGGCUGGCGCUGGCACUGGAAAAGAGUGGCAACUCUUCCACUGGGGCUGCAGCAGCAGCAGCGGCAGUGGCUGCUGCAGUGGCCAAGCCUGGCGACGCUGAGGGAAUUGGUGACCUGACUCCGUACUUUCAGGCAGAGCAGCCGCUGCAAAUCAGUGGUUCUGAGGAAGGGUUGCGUGCCCGCUGCGCGCGGCUUGAGCAUGAGGUCGCUGAGUUGCGCGCGCAACUGGCGAGAAGACUGGACCAUGCCAUGCUCGAAUUGGCAGCAAGCCGACAGACAGCAGAAAAUGCCAAUGCCCAGGUGGCGGCACUGAGAGCUGAGCUUGCGUCUGGACGAGAGGUGAAGCAUAAUGGGUCCAUCGAGGCACGCCACUGGCCGCAGCAGCUGUCUGAUCUGAUAUGAUGGCUCAGUGAGAUGCCUGAGAUUCGUAUGCCAGGUGGACUUUGGGGAUGCACAAGUUGGUCCUAGGGCUAUUCUGAAAUAAGAAGUGAGACCAUGCUAGC